GGGGCUUAUGUCGAGGAAGAGGCCAAACGAGUGGAACGAUGUGUAUGCCAGUUUAUGGCGACGCCUAAAGAUGACUCCAUUCACUUCUCAACUGUGUUUGAUCUAAGUUUCAAGGAGCUGCAACACGAGUUGAAACUUUGCUUUCUUUACCUCAGCGUCUUCCCAGAAGACUACGAGAUCGAUGUAGAGCAGUUGAUAUGA